AUCUAAGUUACAAUAUAAUAUAGUUGAAAGACUAUCUUUAGUUUGAUUUGAAAUAGUUGUAGGAUGAUUUGAACUUACUGAUUGUUUGUCUACCAACUAUAAUACCGAAGAAAUCACUCGAGAAAGACUACUGUAUAUGACCGAAGAGGAUCUCAAAGAAUUGUUGAAAUCAUUCAGAUUGGGAGUGAGAAUCGAUUUCCGCCGGAAAUUGACUGAAUGGAAAAUAGAAAAUAAAGUGACUACAUGGUCAACAUGUGACACUAUAAGUAAUGUCCCAAGCUCGGUCACAAGUGAAAACAAAGAAACAGUAGAAUCCAGCUCUCAUCAGGCUGGAUACCUGCGCAAAGCAAAUCCGUAUUCAAACUCUUUUAACCUCCUUGAGGUGGUAAGAGAAUCUGCGAAUGGGGACUAUGUUUUCAGAAUAUUCGAUAAAAAUAAAAAAUUAGAUGACGCGUCCCGAAAAAUAAUAAUAGAUGCAAUAAUAAGAUGGCAUAUGCAACACUCAAUAAAAAUAUCUCGAUCGAUGUUCGAAGUAUUAGCAUCUGACAUUCAAAGACACUUCAACGACAACAAAAUCAUUUACUACAGAAGAACUGGGAAUAUACCCUCUGGAAGGUUGUAUGACAAGUACCAGAACCAUACUAAAAGAUUACGAAAACUAGGAAUUAUCUCUUCCCCAGCAUCAGGGAGUACCAGUGAUGUAGUCUCCCCUGGUAAUUUUCAUGAUGAGAAUUCGUCAGAUGAUGGAAAUGAUAAAGAAGAUGAUAAACUAUGGCUACUAUUAAAUAACAGUCCUUGGGGCGUGGUGGAGGAUAAAUGGGGAAACACCUACAGAUUACGUAGAAGAGAGAUUACAAAUAAAGAGAAUUAUACUCAAGAUAUUCUGAAACGUUGGCCCUUAUUCAAACACUCGGAUGGAUUUGUUUUGAUUGGAUUGGACUUCUCCAAAUUAUAUGAAGACAAAGCAUUCAAUCUUUUGAGGAAUUGGCCCAACUUCAGAACCAAAAUUGUACCUAUCCUGAAUGACAAGGUUAAAGACAAACAGAAUAUCAACCUCCUCAAGUUAGUGAACACAUCAGGGAAUUCUGAAGAUGGUUCAGCAUAUGAUCUGAUAGUUGGUUUGCUGAUUCACGCACUGCUACCACCAACUGUUAAACAUACUGUGAAAAAAGAAAACAAAAAACAAAUUGUUAAAUCGACUAUCAAAGAUUCCCAGGACUCCUUUUUCAUGCAUGUCAAAGUUCUUAAUGAUUUCGAAAGAAAAAUAGACACAUACAGAAAUACACUGAUUAGUCGAAGUGAAACACUUCAGCCUAUAAUAAUUGGAGUAGGAACUGAUUUAUUCCAAAUUACAGAAUUCAUAGUUUUUUAUGAUAACAUAAAAUAUAAGUUCAGCAAUUUCAUGGCUGCAUUUGACUGUUGUUUUAAAAUUUUUCAUAUUUUAGAUUUACAGUAUCCAAAAGAUAGCUACAGUUUUUGGAUAUUUGUUCAGAAAUAUUUUUUUCAAAUUGAUUCUGUGGGUGAUAAUGUAUCACCAACUGUUUUAUGCCUAAUACAAGAUUUAAAUUAA